CAGAAUUUUAAAACCAAUUUGCAAUAUGCAGUACUGUAGUAAUGGAAUCAGCACAGAACAACCUCUAUAUUGAACUUCUUGACAUAGAAAACCUCUUGUUUGAGGAUCCAAUAUCAAAUCGGUGUAUAGAUGCAUACGCGUUGCUCCUCAUGCGCCAACACAUUGAAACACAACCGACAUUUGAUUUGAAUACUCAACCACCAAAGUCAUACAUCUUCAUUAGCUUCUUCAUGGACAUAAUUGAGAACAAAAAGCAAGACCAACUGAGGAGAACACUUCACAAUCUAAUGCGACAAGCUGCAUCUGCAAGAUUCUUGCUCUUUCCAAUACUAACUUCUUUCCACUGGACGUUGCUCAUGCUUGACAAAGACGAUGGAAAGUGGAAGUUGUAUAACCCUCUGUUGCUCAAAUAUGGAAAAGACAAUAAAUACUGCAUUAAAACAAAGAAAUUGAGAGUAACCGUUUCAGCAUACAUUAAUGCGAACAAAAAACAAGCGGCCAAAAUGCUCAUGAGUGAUAUGGUGGAGGUAGAGAAGGACUCACCACAACAAGCAUCUGGAAGUGUUGACUGUGGCAUUGUUGUAAUGUCAAUUAUGAGGAAAUACAUAGAGAAUGAAAGUCCAACCAGUGCAAUAACAAAACAGGAUUGUAGGUAGAUCAGGGCAGACCUUAUAGACUUAUUCGUCAACCAAGAAGUCUUAUAAAACACAUGGAUUUUCACCAUGUCGAGG